GCGCACGGAGUGGGAGGCGGCAACCUGCACCGACAAUCACACACACUCCCUCAUAGUUGUUAGCUGUUUGUUCUGGUCGGAGGAAGACAUCAAGGCGCCGAAGAAAACAAUGGAAAAUGAGAGCAAGAGGAAGAUGAAGGAGAGAUUUGGCCUGAGGCGGGACAUCUUUAAGGAGUUCCUGGCGGAAUUUCUAGGGAUAUUUGUCCUGAUACUCUUUGGAUGUGGUUCAGUGGCCCAGACGGUGCUGAGUAAAGGGGCUCUCGGGGAGCCCUUAACAAUCCAUGUUGGUUUCACUCUGGGAGUCAUGAUGGCUGUCUACAUUGCAGGGGGAGUGUCAGGAGCCCACGUCAACCCUGCAGUCUCUCUGGCCAUGGUAAUCCUGGGGAAGCUUCCUCUGAAGAAGUUUCCUGUGUAUGUGGUGGCACAAUUCAUGGGGGCUUUUGCUGGAUCCUGUGCUGUCUAUGGGUUUUAUUAUGAUGCUUUGAUGGAAUAUACCAAUGGAGAAUUUGCUGUUACUGGUGCAAAUGCUACAGCCAACAUAUUUGCAUCCUAUCCUGCAAAACAUCUCUCAGUCCUAAAUGGGUUUGUUGAUCAGGUAAUUGCAACUGCUGCGCUGAUCCUGUGCAUCCUGGCCAUCACCGACAGGAAGAAUAUUGGUGCUCCAAAAGGCAUGGAGCCUCUGUGCAUCGGCCUGAUCAUCAUGGCCAUCGGAGUGUCUAUGGGUCUGAACUGCGGCUAUCCAAUCAACCCGGCACGAGACCUUGGCCCACGGUUCUUCACGGCUGUGGCCGGGUGGGGGAUGGACGUAUUCAGAGCUGGAGGUUGCUGGUGGUGGAUCCCUGUGGCAGGGCCCAUGGUGGGCGGAGCAGUAGGAGCGGGCAUUUACUUCCUGUUCAUUGAGUUGCACCACCACGAGCCUGAAAAACAGGAGGAGAACAACGUCCAGGACAAGUAUGAAAUGAUAACUAUGAGUUAAGAUUCAGAACAAGGGUUGCAGAGCGAAGCAACAAUGCAGCUAAUUUUUCACCCUCAGAAGGCAAAAAUGUUCAUUUAGAUGAAGCCGUUUUAUACAUUUAUACAAUGCAAGUUCUGAGAAAAUGUACAUUUAAUGUUUAAUACAAAGACUACACAAUUUCAUAGUCAUUUCUAAAAUAUGCACAAAUGUUUUAUGAAGUCUUUAAAGUCUUUUUUGGUAGAAAGUCAGGUCUAUUUAUAGGUUCUCGGCUUUAUCUGCCUAAAAUAUUAAAGUUGCUUGAUGAACAUAUUCUCUUUAGACAUAAAGCUUUUCCUUUAAUUCCAUGAACUUUAUAAUGGAGAGUUUCCUCUGCAUUGUAGCUAUGCAGUACUUUAUAGUAUCGUAUUUCCUAACUGGAACCUUCUCCUCUGGUUCGAAAAAUUUGCCAAGUUUCUGUACAGCAUUUUUAUUUUUACUACUGUCUACCAAACAAACAGGGGCAUUGAGGAAACAGUUGAUUUAAUGUGGAAAUGUAGUAAUAUAUAUUACUUUUAGUCAAUGUCUUACAGUAAUGAUGUGUUUGGUGGAGUGACUUCCUUAUUCUGUUUCACUUCAUCCUUUGCAUGUGUGUAAAACAAGUGUGAUUGAUUGCUUUAUCUUGCUUACAGCGUUCGUUUUUAUAAGAGGUUUAUGUAGAAAUCCAGCCUUAAAUGAUUUUACUGGCUUUGUUUACUUUUUCAUUUCUCAUCUCCAAACUUUUGCGGCACACAGACUUGUGUUAUAUUGCUGUGGAUUACAGAUUUACUCGUUACAGACACCCUUGAUAUUGAAAAGCCAUAUGCUUUUGAAGCUUUUGCAAAUGUCACUGAAAUCCUCAAUGAAUUGUGUCAGGGGACAUGCUGUAUCAGGGGCAAUAUGCAAACACUGACUGAAAUGACAUUAAAAACUCUUCUGAGCUAAAGUCAAAUGUGUAAUAAAGCACUUAUUUUGUGGCGGUUUAGGUUUGGGUCCAAUAAUAAAGGAACAAUACUGCUUGGAAAUGUAAAAUAUACUGUCCUUUAUUAAUUGUGUUUUUGUGAUUCAUAAUGCUAUGUAUCCUGUGAGCACAGAAAUGUGAAUUUGAAAAGACAAACCCAAUGUCAACAGGCCAUGCUAUAGAAUAAUAUGACUUGUAACCCAGCCUGGAAGACAACAGGAUGCUCAUAGACAUAUGCUGAUGUUAUUGUUCUGUCAGUUGAACAUUAGUUUGUACAUACACUAAUUGUGAGAUUAUAUUGCACUGCACAAAAUGUCAUUUUACAACACACAAUACUUGUUUGGCAAUGUGACAAUCACCUAAAUCAAUUAAUGAGUUUUUUAAAUUUCUUUUACUUUUGUGAAAAAUUGAAGAAAGUCAGAGGCACAAACAUCAGAGUGUUUUUUCUGAGAUUGAACAUGCAGUGCAUCAUUUGGUCCUGACCAUUUUAACACUCGUGUAGAGUGCCCAUUAUACUUCAACCCCUGUAUGUGGCCUACGUUUGAAUCAGAAUAAUUACAGUAUGCAUGUUUGAAAAGCAGUUAAAGUUGUCACUGAAAUGUUCAGCUGUUCACUGAAAUGGUGUAUUUUGUCUCUCCCUGUCGCACACUUUGAUGUCAGUGCUUCGGUCUUGAGUGGCAGCCUGUCAAGAAGUAUAAAUUUAAGAAUUUAAAUAUUUUUGUCUGUUUUUGUUUUUUAAAGGUAGUUUCCAUUAUUACAUUAUUUGUCUUUAUCUCUCUGAAUCAGCUAUUUUUCUUUUUCAGUCGAGUGUAUCUUAAUGUUGAAUAAAGUUUGUUGAAAUGA